GGCUGAAACCUAGCGUAACGGGUAAAUUUCAAAUUUUUUCAAGCAUCCGUUUGAAGUUCUGCCCAUCACUCUCGAUAUCUUGUUUCUAGAUCCGCCAUGGAAGCGACCUCCUCUUCCCAAGCGGCGAACAAACAGAAGAAAGAGCAAGGAAUGGAAACACCGUCGCCGGUGCUCGGGAGCGGAAGAAAGAAUAUUGAAUUGAAAGAAGCUGGACAUUCUGUUCGGAGCUCUGUAACUAAAUUUGCAUCACAAAUCAAGAAACCCUCACAUCGAAGAAGCCCUUCUCCUCUCAAUUGGUUUCCAAGAAAAAAGACAGAUUCAUUCCUGAUGAGAAAGAUUAGGCUACUCCAGGAAGGUGGUGGGAUGAGCUUGUCUUUAGUUGAAACUCUUGGCAAUGCCAAUCCUCACUAUUCAAGGAUAGCGAGGGAGAAGAUUGCAGCUCAAGAGGCUGCGAGCAAAGCCAUGGAGGCUCAUAAAGCUGCAAUGGUUGAAGCUUCUUGGUGUAGAAUUCUUCAAGCAGCAAGGAUUCAAAGCAAAGAUGCAGAGUCCAAGUUUGAGAAAGCAGAAUUACGUGCUGCAGAAGCUUUUGAAGAAGCAAAGCUAUUGGGAGUUAUGAUGUUCGAUAAACCUGAUUGUCCCAGGAUAUCAUGUGAGGUGUCAUCAUCAUCUUUACUCACUGGGGGAAAAUCUCCACACGCAGUCACUGCUUCUUUCGAAACUGAAUUCGAGGUGGAUAGGGAAGUUGCAGCUGCAGUCAAGAGAGCAUUUAUUAUACUUGCCAACAGUUCCUCUUCCUCCAACAAAGAAGAAUUCAGAGACUUGUUACAAAAUAUUAGGCAGAAUCCUGAUGAUUAUGAAGCUCUUAGUGCGUUGCCCCAGUGCGAAUUUGAUCAUUGUAGUGGGCUAGAAUGCGAAGUGCAUCCCACUGUAAUUGGCACUGAGAUCAGUGAGAAGUAUAAUGAAGUCAGCCAUAGGAAAAGCAGUUAUGGAAUGCUUCUACAAUGCCAUGAUGAUAAUAAGAGCUCUAAUUCAUUUGAAGAUCUUGCAAACAGAAUGGUUGAUAGGCUUAAAGAACUUCAGGAAGAUGAGCUUUCAUCCCUCGCUACUAUCGUCGCUACCUGCGGUUUGAAUGCUGCUCUUCUUGAAAUGCAGAGCAAGCAAGAUCAUGAUUCACGAGGUGGAGCGCCGAGGAAGUCAAAUGUGAACCGGUUAGCUUACCCAUCUAAGGUUAAGAAGGAAGAUACCACCGUUGUGCCUAGUCUGGAUAAGUUCCUAGUGAAACAUGUGUCCAGGCUUGAAAGAGAAGUACAUGAAGCUAAGAAUUCUCAGAAGAAGAAUGAUGAUGUAUUAGAAGAAUCUGAUAAGCACAUUUCUGAUGAUAGAGCUGGUCAACGGACUAGAACAAAAACACAGUCCGCCUCCGAUCUUGGAAGUAUUCUCGUAAAGCGUGUAUCCAAACUUGAAAGAGAAAUCCAUGAAGCUAAAAAUUCUCAGAAGCAAAGACCGAAAAAUUGUGUUACUAUAUCAGGAGGAAAAAAUUAUUCUAAUCAUGAACUGUUGAUUGAAGAAUCUGCUCCUGCUCCUCUUGAAGAGCCUGCUCGUGAUGUCAAGUUUGUUGAGUCAAUUCCGAUAGCUUCUGCUGAUAAAAAGGAAGAAAAGGGGAAUCACAAGUGUAAUGCACUUGUGUCAAACUCGUUGACAGGAGAGAAGAGUCUGGCGCUUAAACUAAGGGAAAUAACAAAUGGAAGCAUGACCAAAUCUGAGCUCAACAAGAAAAUAAUUUCUCAUGAUGCAAGAGCUAACUCGGAAACUCGAAAAUCAUUUUCAUGUCAGACUAAACAUGGAUCAGAUGAAUUCCAACAAGCAAGUCUAGAUAAAAUUCUUGUCAAGCCUGUUAACUGGUUAGAGAGAGAGAAAAUGAAAGCUAUGGCGAAAGGAAAUACGAUUUUGGUAAAAAAAAAGGAUCGGCAACUUGAGAAGAUUAAACCUCUUGAUGAAAUUUUGGUAAACCAUCACCUAAAGAUGGAUAAAACCAAGCUAGCUGCGGUUCAAGAAGGAAGUUACAUUGUAAUGCAGAAAAGAAGACAGCCCGUGGAGAAGAUAGAGAGCCUAGAUGAGAUUUUAGUGAAGCAUCAAUCCAAACUUGAGAGAGCCAAGUUAGAAGCAGCUCAAAAUUCAGAAAAUGAUAUAAAAAAUGUUGAUUCUCGCAGGGAAGCAAGGGAGAGAGAGCUAAAAGAAGCAUGGGGAGGCUUGAGCUUAGGAAAUUCUCUCCGCCCUCAUCUUUCAAAGCUUGAGAAAGACAUGGCUGCCUGGAGAAGAGCUGAGCAGGAAGCAAAGAGCCGUAGAAGGGAGUAUUGACAGUCAAAUUUCUGCAUUUUUUUUCUCUUGAAAGUUAGCCUUCUUUUUUUUUGUUGGGUGCUGCGAUGAGCAUGUGCAGAUGCUAUCUUUGAGUCCCGUUUAAAUAGAUGUUCAAACAGUGGAUCUAAUUUCUCUGACUGAGUUGAGCUUCUGAUUCCAAAUGAUAACUCAUAUUUUCUGAAGCAUCCAUCUAUAAGUGCAGCAUGUACUUAGUAUUGAGAUUAGGAGAAUUUGCAUAUAUAGAACACAUAUUUAAGACCUCAAUUUUGUUAUUUACUUGCAUAA